AUGGGAAGAAAGAGAGGGGAGAAAGAGGGGGUUAGAAAUACGGGGAAAGAGAAGGAGAAGAAAGAGGGGGGAGAAAAAGAGGAGAUAAAGGCUCUUGUCAAAGGCGGUGAUGUCAAAGGCGGUGAUGUCAAAGACAGUGAUGUCAAAUGCGGUGAUGUCAAAGGCGGUGAUGUCAAAGUCGGUGAUGUCAAAGGCAGUGAUAUCAAAGGUAGUGAUGUCAAAGGUGGUGAUAUCAAAGGUAGUGAUGUCAAAGGUGGUGAUGUCAAAGGCGGUGAUGUCAAAGGUAGUGAUGUCAAAGGUGGUGAUGUCAAAGGUAGUGAUAUCAAAGGUAGUGAUAUCAAAGGUAGUGAUGUCAAAGGUGGUGUUGUCAAAGGUAGUGAUAUCAAUGGCAGUUAUAUCAAAGGUAGUGAUAUCAAAGGAAGUGAUAUCAAAGGUAGUGAUGUCAAAGGUGGUGUUGUCAAAGGUAGUGAUAUCAAAGGUAGUGAUAUCAAUGGCAGUUAUAUCAAAGGUAGUGAUAUCAAAGGUAGUGAUAUCAAAGGUAGUGAUGUCAAAGGUGGUGUUGUCAAAGGUAGUGAUGUCGAAGGUGGUGUUGUCAAAGGUAGUGAUAUCAAAGGUAGUGAUAUCAAAGGUUGUGAUAUCAAAGGUUGUGAUAUCAAAGGUAGUGAUGUCAAAGGUAGUGAUGUCAAAGGUAGUGAUAUCAAAGGUAGUGAUAUCAAAGGUAGUGAUGUCAAAGGUGGUGAUGUCAAAGGUAGUGAUAUCAAAGGUAGUGAUAUCAAAGGUAGUGAUGUCAAAGGUGGUGUUGUCAAAGGUAGUGAUAUCAAAGGCAGUGAUAUCAAUGGCAGUGAUAUCAAAGGUAGUGAUAUCAAAGGUAGUGAUGUCAAAGGUUGUGAUAUCAAAGGUAGUGAUAUCAAAGGUAGUGAUAUCAAAGGUAGUGAUGUCAAAGGUGGUGUUGUCAAAGGUAGUGAUAUCAAAGGUAGUGAUAUCAAAGGCAGUGAUAUCAAAGGUAGUGAUAUCAAAGGUAGUGAUGUCAAAGGUAGUGAUAUCAAAGGUAGUGAUAUCAAAGGCAGUGAUAUCAAAGGUAGUGAUGUCAAAGGUGGUGAUGUCAAAGGUAGUGAUAUCAAAGGCAGUGAUAUCAAAGGUAGUGAUGUCAAAGGUGGUGAUGUCAAAAGCGGUGAUUGA